ACACGCAGCUUGCUCUCGCCAUGCACCUCGCACAUCUCAUCCUCAGCGUCUUCCUGGCACAGCACCUGGGCACCAUGGGGCAGAUCACGGUCACCCAGGAAGAUGGACAAGUCAUGGUGAAACAGGGACACACAUUCCACACCACCUGCAAAUACCAGAGCAGUAAUUUUGGCGGACUAUUCUGGUACCAGCUGGUGAAAGGCCAAGCCCCCCAGCUGCUCUCCUAUCAAGCAGGGACUGGCCCCAGGCACAUCGGCCGUAUCAGCACGCACCUGAACACCACGGGGAAAUACAGUGUCCUGAAGGUGGAGGAAGUGGAGGGCUCUGACAGUGCCCUGUACCUCUGUGCUGUGCGAGACACCCUGCAUCUGGCUGGAAAAGUCAUUUUUGGCAAGGGGACGAUGCUUUCAGUGCUGCCAGAAGUUACUCCAUCUCCCUCAGUCUACAGGCUGACCUCUAAAGAUGACCAGGAUCUGGAAAUGUGCCUUAUCACAGAUUACUCCCCUGACAAGCUGGCUCUUAACCCGGCUGAGCACCACACAUCUGCUGUCGUGGAGGUGGAAAGUGCUGAGAGCAGCAAGGAAUCCAGCUACCUGUCCACCUACUGGGCCAAGAGGGAUGAGCUGCACUGUGGUGCCAGGCACGAGGGCUUUGGAGAGCUGGAGGGCGAGGACCCUGAGAGUGGUGCCAGUGCUGUCUGUGUCACAGGGCUGUCCCUACACUUCAGGACAGAUGAACAUUUGAACACACUGUCUUUAUCACAGCUGGGCCUCAAAAUAGUUUUAAUGAAAGCAAUACUUUUUAAUGUGCUGAUGACGAUGUUUAUGUGGAAGAAAAAAAAGGACUGAAAGUGGUGCAGUCCUGAAGUACCAAAACCAUCUGCUUUGAAAGAGCAUCGUGAACAAGAGGGAGCAAGGGGAUAUUCCUUGUGCAAGGGACAUCACUUGCUCUUCUUAUAAUUCACACCAGCCAUUAUAUUCUAAAUUGUUUUAUUUGCAUUGCUUUAAAACCAAUCAAAACGAAACAUUUCCAGCAUUCUGCCCUCCAGAUGCUUGGGUCAUUCACCAUACAGAGCCUCUUCUGCAUGAAGCAGACUUUGCUAUAAUUAUCCAUUGCCAAGCAUCGAUGUUACUUGCAUUAAAAUAAUGACUUCUGCCUGCAGCAGUGCAGUUUGUUAAAAACUGCAAGCUAAAUAUCAACUGAAUGGGAAUUUUUCCUAUUUUGGUAGUUUCGUCUCUCAGAGUGCACACCCAAAAACCUUUUCAAGUGCAAAUGAAACACUUUGAAAAGCAAAGGGAGACUGACUCAGGAUGCACUGUCCUGCCAGGAUUUGCUAGAUCAGAGCAAGAUAUCCCUUUUUUCCCUAAAGGAUGAGCUGCAGCUCUCCCAGAAGUCCCAAAUUCAGUGAAAUUGUCACUUCAAUAUCACAGAAAAAAAAAAGAAAAAUAAUAUUUUUUAAUUAUUUUUUUUUUAAAGUCUAUUUGACCAUAACAUCACUUUAGUUUAAACCAGUUUAAGAUUUGGCUUUGUGUUUAGUAAAAAUACAAACCACUUUUGUUCUUUUUGUUUACUUCUAACAACCUGAUAUCUCCAAACUUCUUUUUUGUAACAAUUGCUUAAAAAUAUACAGAAACAUUUGCCUGUGCAUGUGUGCCCACCUUGGAACAGUGCUUGCCUGUGGCAUCUGCAUGCUGCUAAUUCAUGAACUGUACUGGCACCCACAAGAUGUCUUGGCAUUUCUUUAGGCUAUUAUCA